CUGAAUGAUUAGCAAAUUAGAGGAAAAUUUUAAAUCCCAUGUUAAUGAAAAUUUAAAGGCAAGUGAGAUCAAAUAUUUGCAAAAAAUGCAAAUUGGAUAUUAUAUCAAUAAGAGGCAGUACACAAUUUAAAGAGUCACUUGCCAUAUUGUGAGAAUAGGCAAUUUAGAGUAUUGAUGAAAUGAUAAGAAGACAUUCCAAAAAUAUUAUUAGCUUAAUUAAUUAGGGACACUUUUUGGUAAGUGUGAAUAUGAUUACGAUUGAUAUUAUAUUUAUGAAUGGCCACAAAAGUUAAGGAUUUUACGGUAUGUAAAUAAAUUGUGAGGAAAAGUUUAAACAAC